UAUGGCACGGGUGCCAGAGGCUGCACUCAGAGCCCUCUCUGUGGGCACCCAUGCCCUGGAAAAAGUCUAAGACAUUCCUAUAUGCCUUAGGCUUUUCUUGCCAUUCAUCAGCGCAGGGCGCACUAUGAACAGUACAGGCAGCACAUUCAAUGCAGACACGCUAUUAUAGCUAAAUGACAAAGUGCAUGGAACUUAUACUAUGUUGAACUGUAGUAUUCAGGUUAAACUGCCGAGUUGGCACUUUGUGAUAAAUAAGUUGGUUUUGUGUUGCAGUUUGGGCACUCAGUCUCUAAAAGGUUCACCAUCACUGGUCUAGGGGCUCCACAUGUAAAAUAUAAAGGAACUUACUCACCCCCGACUGCUGCACUUCUGACGGGGGUCAGUAAUUAUGCUAUGGGCGGAGUUAGAGGCGUGGGCUAGUAUGAAAAGAAUUGCAGCAAUGUGCGCCGCACAUAUUGUCCAUUUUUGGGAUUUUCAAAAGUUGGGAGGUAUGGUACUGGGUGGGAGUGUAAGGACAGAUAACUACAAGGCUCAGCAUGUCUAUCCUGUCAUUACUUAUUACCGGAGGACAGUACUGGGAGGGAGUAUAAGGGCAGAGAACUACAAGGCUCAGCAUGCCUAUCCUGUCAUUACUUAUUACCGGAGGACAGUACUGGGAGGGAGUAUAAGGGCAGAGAACUACAAGGCUCAGCAUGUGCAGCCUGUCAUUACUUAUUACCGGAGGACAGUACUGGGAGGGAGUAUAAGGUCAGAGAACUACAAGGCUCAGCAUGUCUAUCCUGUCAUUACUUAUUACCGGAGGACAGUACUGGGAGGGAGUAUAAGGGCAGAGAACUACAAGGCUCAGCAUGCCUAUCCUGUCAUUACUUAUUACCGGAGGACAGUACUGGGUGGGAGUAUAAGGUCAGAGAACUACAAGGCUCAGCAUGUGCAGCCUGUCAUUACUUAUUACCAGAGGACAGUACUGGGUGGGAGUAUAAGGUCAGAGAACUACAAGGCUCAGCAUGUCUAUCCUGUCAUUACUUAUUACCGGAGGACAGUACUGGGAGGGAGUAUAAGGGCAGAGAACUACAAGGCUCAGCAUGCCUAUCCUGUCAUUACUUAUUACCGGAGGACAGUACUGGGUGGGAGUAUAAGGUCAUAGAACUAAAAGGCUCAGCAUGUGCAGCCUGUCAUUACUUAUUACCAGAGGACAGUACUGGGUGGGAGUAUAAGGUCAGAGAACUACAAGGCUCAGCAUGCCUAUCCUGUCAUUACUUAUUACCAGAGGACAGUACUGGGAGGGAGUAUAAGGGCAGAGAACUACAAGGCUCAGCAUGUCCAGUCUGUCAUUACUUAUUACCAGAGGACAGUACUGGGUGGGAGUAUAAGGUCAGAGAACUACAAGGCUCAGCAUGUCUAUACUGUCAUUACUUAUUACCAGAGGACAGUACUGGGUGGGAGUAUAAGGUCAGAGAACUACAAGGCUCAGCAUGUCUAUCCUGUCAUUACCUAUUACCAGAGGACAGUACUGGGAGGGUGUAUAAGGGCAGAGAACUACAAGGCUCAGCAUGUGCAGAAUAACACAGCCAGUGCCGACACAGGACUAACCAGUGACUGCUGACAAUACAGCUGAUAAGGAAAAAACUCGUCUCCCUGAUCCCAUUACUUUCUUCCUUCACAGCGCAGCUCCGCCCCCGCACUGCUAAGCCCCGCCCCUCACGCGACUGGUCACCUGAUCAUAAUAAAGCUCUGGGCUUUUCCGGAGGCUCUGCAGUCUUCUGCUGAUAAGCCCCGCCCCUCAUGUGACUGGUCACCUGAUCAUAAUAAAGCUCCUGGCUUUUUCGGCUCUAGUGAUACGCCCCGCCCCUGCUGUGAUCGCGCGUUCCGCAGCUACAGGUCGGGUCCUCGGAGUAGGAGUAUUAGAGGAGCAUUAGAAUCUGUACAAGAACUUCAUAAUGGAAGACCACCAGCCCCUCACAUCAACUGCUAAAGACAUCGUUAAGACCAACAGAGAAGAUGCCCCCCCUACCAAGAGACCAUACAUCUUGACCACGCAGAAGAUUUUUCUGCAGGAUGUCAUAGAUCUGUCAUCCACAAAAGAGAGCCUUUAUGAUCCAGAAGACACGUCAAAAACUGAGACUUCUGACCCAGAGACUGCCUCACCUGCGAGCACCCUGUCUUCACCAGUGGCAAUGGAAGAUUUAUCAAUCCCGGAGACUUUGUUCGGUGGUGAACAGCCACAACCAGCCAGCGGGGCUGCAAACCGGAGGAGAAGAGGGGGUCUUGCCCCUUUUGCUCAGGUAGACAAUAGGGCUCUAAUCAACUCCAUGAUCAUACACUAUCUAAACCAGAGCAGGAAAGAAGAGGAGACCUUCCUCAGAAGCCUUGCACCCCAUCUUCGAAAGAUUCCACAAAAUCGACAACUUCGGACCAAAGCAGCUCUGAUGGCAGUGCUGGAGGCAGCAACGCCUCCCAAUGAUCCCCAGGAGUUCUUCAUGAUGAUCAACCAGUGGCUCGUGCGAGCAGAGGCCAGUACAUCCGUAACCCCUCCGCCACCAACCCCUCAAAGACCCAGACCUUCUACUCCCAGGCCACUUCAUUGUAGGCCAGUGGCCUAUAAAACCUUACCUCCCGUAUACUCCCAGGAAAAGCACCCUAAUUACCGCAAUGAUUGUUAUGGGCCGCCUACUGCUGGGCCUUCUUACAAGUUUAGCUCCCUGCAGUCUGGCCACGAUCGUAGUGAAGGAAGCACUGCUAGUCCUCCUGCUAGUCCAGUGUCAUAACAGCAGUUAUUAGACUUAGAAUUUUUUUUAUUGCCACUCUGA